AUUUUUAUUUAAUAAAUACACUUUAUAUUUAAAAAAAAAUUUAAAUAUAACAAUAUAAAAAUUGUAUCUAAAAUUAUGUAAUAUCAUUUUGGUACUUUAUUAUUAUUUAUUUAUUUUCAUUUAUAUGUGAAUUCAUUAUUGUUAAAUUUCAUAGUCUGUAUUUGAUACUAAUUAUUUAAUUUUUAAUGAUUUUCUAUGAUUUACUUUUAAUAAAUAUUGUUAUUGUUUAUAUUAAUAUAAAAGAAUAAUUAAUAUUAAAAUCAAAAUUUCUUUAAUUUUUUGGCUCAAUAUUUUUGUUAAGUUUCACAGUUUAGACUUUAUAGCUAUGUAAAAUGUAAUGAUUCCUUACAAUUAUUAAUUGGUUGAAUCGAUAUAAAAUCCUUUCAUUAAACACAAUGCACCAAAAUCAUUUUUCUAAUCCAACAAAUAAAAAUUGUUCACCUCGUUUACACCACCCAACAACUCCAACUAUUGUUGACCGCAUUGUUUUUCCACAAAUGGUUAAUGAUGUCAGGUAUCAAUCAAGUAACAUAUUUGAUCCUAGGAAUUUAGAUCUUCAAAACACGUUGAAGUUAGAUACUCAUUUCAAUGGUAAUGUGGAUUUUUUUAAAAAUCAUGACAAGAAUGAGUUUUAUGACAAUUAUAGAUAUAUGGAAACACAGUUACCUUCAAAACAAAAUUAUUAUAAAAAUUCUAGUCGCUCACAGGUUCUAGAAGUUAAAGCUAGGAUAUCAGUAGAUGUAUCUACUAUGACUGACCCUUUAACAAUAGAAGAACAAGAAAGACUUGGUCAAUGGGAAGGUUUUGCUGCUGUACAGUCUGGCAACAAAGUUGCUGAAUACUUGACUAGUCUGAGAGAAUUUCUUAAGUUAUCUCCUCCACAAGAAGGAAAAAGAAGACAAGGUCUAGGUGAUGUUAGAAUAGUUACAUCACCUGAUGGUUCUCGGCUAUAUUGCUGCUCUGAAUGCUUAAUGGCGUAUACUGAUAAAACAGUUUUGGAACAUCAUUUAGCCAACCAUAAGGUAGAGCGUAGAUUUAUAUGUAUGGAAUGUGGAGCUGGUUUAAAACGAAAAGAGCACUUAGAUAGACAUCAAUUAAGUCAUAGUGAUCAGAGACCAUACACCUGUGCAGCAUGCCCAAAGACCUUCAAGCGUAAUGAACAUUUAGCUCGACAUUAUAUUGUUCAUUCUGGAGAAAAAGCACAUGUCUGCGUAGAGUGUGGAAAAGCAUUUUACCGUCGGGAUCAUUUACAAAAACACGUUCAGGGACAUAUUACUAAAAGACUCAAAGCGGUUAUCAAUGCGGUUGUUUAAUCAAAAUAAUAUUCAGUUAAUGCUCAUAUAAUUAUAGUGCCUUUCUCUACACAUCUAGUCAUUAUUAUAAACUUGUGUAUUGUUUUGAAUAUAUUAGUGAAAUAUUUUAUCUUAGAUUAAAUUGAACUAGGUACUAUUUAUUUAUUUUUUGUAUGUUUUAAAGUUAUUAAUUUAAGAAGUUGUUCAUCAGUUAACCAUACAUUUUUUUAAAAACCAAAACACUUGCAUGUUAUAUACUAUGUAUUAAUUGUUAAUAAUCACAGGACAAUUAAUGCUCAAUGGCUUAAUAAUCAAAGUAAAAUCUUACAGAAAUAUGGAUAGUAGAUAAUAAUAAACUAUUUGGAUAAUAAUUCUAAAUUUACAGUUGAUAAUCUUUGAUUAUUAAAUGUAACUGACUCUUGGAACAAUUGUCUGAACUAUAUUGUGUAGUACUGAAUAAUAUUUAGUUUUAUGUAAAUAAAUACCGAUUAUAAUGACA